AUGAGUAGUCAAAUGUCGGCUAUAGAUCUUUUAAAACUUGGGGAUGAAGAUAGAAAAAAACCCUUUCUAAAUCAGUAUUGGUCGUAUAUUGUGGGUGUUGCUUUUGGCCUCGGUACAGGGAUCUAUAUGAAUUUUGGUACUCGCCGACCUGUCAUGAGUGGAAUUCAAAAACAUGUAAUUGCUAGUGCUGGCUGGUGUGCUAUCCUAUCAUAUGUUCAUAAGAUGAGAGAUGAUUAUUUGGCUGAGAAAGACGCAGUUUAUAGACAUUAUAUUGAGUUACACCCUGAAGAUUUCCCAGUUCCAGAGAGGAAGAAAAUAGGCGACCUAUUUGAACCUUGGGUGCCUGUAAGAUAA